CGAGGAUCUUUCUCGUCGGGGCAUUUGACCGGCCGCCUGCCAUGCAGCCUGGACCCGCUUGCCCACAGCCAACUGGGACCGUGGCCACGGUCACGGCUGCAACGCAUUGAUACCACGCAGAACACAUCUCAGACUUCCUCCUUUUUCUCUUCAUCCCCUAGUCCCUCGCCCCUCGUCCGAUUUCCAGGCUUUCCCGCCUGCGGCUCUCCCUCUCCCUGUCUAUCCUUACCUCUUCAGAGCCACUCCUCUUCCUCUUCAAGUCAUCCCUCCGUCUUCGCAUUUUCUUUCUUCCUGCCACCGACUCAGCACUGCCCUGUUGUCCCCGCACUAUCUCUCGCAACAAUGUCAGGCUGUGGCGAGCCCUACGCUACCGCCACUCUUUAUUCGACGAGGACCACGGUUCUUCCCACUGUUGUUGUGGCUACCGUUUCUCCCGCCGCCACGAACGAUGACGGCAAUUCUGGAGGACAGAUCCUCACCACCUUCACUUCCUCCUACACAACUACUGCGCUUCUCCCUACGAGCACCCUCUAUGCCACUCCGACCUGCGCCUCGACCACCGCAAGCGCUAGUGCCACUGGAGGCGGUGCAGGGUCGCGCUCUACCUCGGCCGUUGUCCCCACAGGGAUGACCAGCAGCACCAAGACGCAGACGCUCACCUCUGCCCUCGCCACUGUCAGCGAUGCCGGUGGACGUCAGUCCGUCGUGUACGUCACCUACACCCAGACACUCGCCUCUCCCCAGCCAGUCUACGUCACCACCGUCAUCCCGGCUGCAGCUGAGACGUCGGCGGCGGGUUCUUCUUCGUCCGCGUCCAACAAGUCGACACACAAGGGCGCUGUGAUUGGCGGAGUCGUGGGAGGUGUGAUCGCCCUCGCAGCGCUCUUCCUUCUCGUCCUCUUCUGCCUUCGCAAACGACGACAUCAAAGGGGCCAAGUCUCCCUCGACGAGCUCUUCAGGCGAUCAGCAGGCGGCAUGCGUGGUGACCGUGGCGAUGACGAUGAAGAGGAUGGGCGCACCAUAGCGGGCGUUUCGCGCAACAACUCCGGCGCAUCGACUAAGGCUGCAAUGGCUGGGAUGGAAGGAGCAGGGCCUGGCGUAGUGAACAUCGAGGACGAAAUGGUCGAGGGCCAAAUCGGCAAUGGUAUCGUGCCUACCCUAGGCCGCAGUGCGUCAAAGGGCGCCACUUUGUCGCCUACCUUUCCCUUGUCCAUCAGCACGACGGCAGCCAAUGGCAGUGCAGCCACGGGCCUUCUUGCCCGCUCUGGCAGCGAGAGUAGCAAAGCACCAACGCCUUACAAUGUCACGCCGCCGUCAGGUGGUAACAGCGACCCCAGCACGCCCUACGAGGACCCACAGUCUCCUCCCUUGGCCGAUGCUAGUAUCAUGGCUUUCGUAGGUGGGCGACCAGCUUCCUACGCUGGGCACUUUGGCUCUCCACCCAGCUCUCCGAAGGCAGCCACACCAGGAGGUACGACGGUCGCUUUGCCGCCAGCCGUAUGGUCGGGAAGCAGCUCCCACCAGCAGCCACAGCACUACCCUACCCUGUCUCGCCCGCGUUCAGUCGGCAACAUGGAUCUGCACUUUAUACCCUCGUCACGGCCAACCAGCCCAACCUACUACGCAAAUGGACCACAGCAGCCACGAUCGCCACCUCUGUGCCCUACCUCGCCUCCCUUUGUCGCUCCUGGCGGCCAGCAUCGUCCCAACCUCGGAGGGCCGCAACGCUCCACCUCGCCGCCGCCAAAUGGUGCAAUGUGGCGCUCGCCUCCACUGAAAGCUAGCUCACCACCUUCAACAGCCAAUGGCAACCCACACCGCACACCCAGCGGAGGUUUUGCUCGUGGACCAGACGGAUCUGCUCGUCUCGGCAAAGGCAACCGUACGCUCAGCUGGGGAAGUGGGAGCAUGGCACAAUUGCAAGCCCUCACGUCUUCCACACCUUCAUCGAACCAGCAGCAGCCGCAGCAGCAGCAGCAGCAGCAAGAGCCCAGCUUCGGUGUGCAACCCCGCGGCCCGCGACAUUCCACACAGUACCAGCCUCGCAGACAACAAACUGCCUCCCCCCCGCCUCCCGGCACGCACAGCGCUGAUUGGCCGCCGAGCCGAUAUGGGCAUCUUGACGUCGCAUUUGGUGCUGCGCGCCCAGCAGGAGGAUCUUCAAAUGGCUCAUCCGCAGCGAGUACCCCGCCCGCUACAUCACCCAAUCCCGCGUCAACACCGACAGAGUCAGCAACAGGGCUGACCGGCAGCGAGACAGUCCGCAGCGUGGACUCUUCAAAGUACUGGAAAUCGCCCAUUGACUCUACAUCCCCUCCACUGUCGCAGCAGCAGCAGCAGCAGCCUGCUCUCGCUCAGCCAGUCGCAAAGCACGGCUCUGCCACCCCUGUCGAGGACGAUGAAGACACUUCGGCGGCAUUGGCAGCGGAGAAGGCAUUGUGGGGUAGAAAACUGUUCGUGACAAAUGCGGAGGAUGAGUCAUGAUGGUGCCCCUUUGUAUUUACCUCUACGUCAUAGACAGCAAUGCAGAUGGAAGAGGUGCUUUGAUUGCUAUUUGGAGAAUGUGGUGGUCUGGGUGUGGCUGUGACUGUCAUGAUGGAGAGUAGGUACAUUGAGACGACGAUGAUUGUCUUCAUCGACCAUUCGACGGACAGCGAGCGUCGCGCUGCCAGCCUCUCUAUUUGGCUUCUCCCAUUCUCUACUUCGCGACCUCCUCCGUCUUUCCGCUCAAAUCAACGUCGUCAUCC